AAAAUUAAGAAAAUUGAUCCCCUUUUAACUAUAUGUUAUGCAUACGUAGACUUCGAGAAGGAACAACUAAGGGUACAAGUCAACAAAGAUGGAGUCCUCAAAGUAUCUGGAGAAAGACCAACAAGUGUAAAUGGAACAAAAAGGAGCCGUUUUCUCAAAGAAACAAAAGUAGCAGAAGGUUGUGAUAUAAAUGACAUUCGAGCUAAGUUCACUAAUGGCCGCCUAAAUGUCAUGAUGCCAAAGAAAAAAACACCUGCAGCUCCUCAAAUUGUCCAACAGCAGCCUGCAUCAACAUCAGGGCCUCCUCUUCAAUCAGAGGUUACUGGUCAAAAGCCGCAAGCGCUUGCUGAGGCCCCGAUUACCAAUGAACCAAAAACAAAGGCUACAAAUGCUGAAAAUGGUAAACUGGGGACAAAUAAUACGAGUCACGGUCAGCCAAAGGGUGAUCAAAUGUUCGAGCAUGGAAGCAUCAUAAAAAGACUGCAAGGAAGAAAAAAAAUGAAGACUAAAUGAAAACAAAUUCAGACUAACUGAAAAAAAAUGAAGACUACCUGAAAAAAAAUUAAGACUAACUGAAAAAAAUUUGAAACCACCUUAAAGUCGUCCGACCAAAGAUUAUGGUCGGACGAGUCCAACACAAUACGUUCUCUUGAAUUUAAUUGAACU